CAGAAUGCUAAGGAAAUGCUACCUGUCUUUCAAGAAACAUUGUCAUUCUAUGACUCCUAUCCAAAGGUUGAUGAUAUCAAUGUGUAUGGGUUUUUGUGGUACGUUUUCUCACAGUGUGGGAUGGGAUACCACAGUGACUGAAUAUUCAUGUCGCGUUGUACAAAAACCCUCAACAUAAUUUCUAUGUUCAGAACCUUAAAAGUCAACAAGGCACCUGACACUACUGGGCAAACUAAUUGCACUACAGUUUUGAUGGAACUCCUGCCCGCCCAACACUGUCCAUCCUCACCCCACUACACAAGAUAGAGAAUGAUGACCAGCCUGAGGUGUGCCUGGCUACAGGCUUCUUUCCUAGGAUUGAAAACAUGAAUCUCACCCAGGGGAAUAAUGUUACUGUCCCACGCAAAACAACCAAGGCAGCUUUAUCUUCCACACGUACCUACUUCUUCGCCGGAUUCUCCAAAGAGAACAUCAAGCGUUGUGAGAUGGAUGGCGUCGUCAAGAAGCGCGUUGAUGAUGGUGGUUUUCCAGAUGUGUCUAACGAUAAGACCACGGCUACAACUGCUUCUGACAAUUGCGAACAUGAACGCCUCAACAAUGCUACUGCCACCAACUAUACCGAUUAUACCAAGAUGAACUUCACAUCCUUGGUUGUGUAUGGUUUGAGAGUGCUGUUUGCCAAAGCCGUGGCAUUUAAUGUGCUAUUUACUGUCAAGGCCCUGGUGUUCUAGGGAAGUGAAAUUAACUCUGUUUUAGUUCAGAUUGUUGACAUAAAAUUGAUUAAAUGACAGCUGUAAAGAAAAAAAUAUAAUCUAUAAUAAUUUGCUUAAUUGCAUUACAGAAUAAUUCGCAAUUCUAUUUACAGACCUAUUUUCACUUGGACUCCUACUUUUCAGUUCUACUUUGCAUCCAGUUUGUGAAACCUGCCUUGUGGUUUUAUCGAGAGCUUCAACAGUAUUCGCAUCUGACUUUUUCAGGUUUGAAUGCUGCAAUUCCUCUGCUUACACUUUGGAAAUACUAGAUACUAAAUACACACGUUAUGCAUGUGAUUGUUCGGUAUUAAACGUUAGGUUACACGUUAUAUUCUAUAUAAUUUUAUAUUGUGUUAUGUUAUUUCUAUUUACUUGUAUUAUAUCUUUAACUGCGAGUUGUCAUCAAAAGUGUAUAAAGACUCCAAAAAUGAUCUCAAACAAUAAUGUAAUUGUACAUUGAUCAAGUUGUGUACGUGGAUACUUUGCAGUUGUUUCUAAAUGCACAAAACCUGUCAAUAGAGAGUUUAAACCACAUUUUCACCAGUACAUUGAAACCAUACGAACAGAUAAAGAUCUAUAAGACACCUUGACUUCCAAGAAAUGGCUCCAUCAGUUACUUUAUAUGCAAAUGUGUGCUCAAGAAGUAACAGUAGCGAGAAACACGCAUGAGAGUGAGAAACACACACCUUAUAAUGGUUGAUGAAUUGUAUUAUGAAAAUCAUUUGCAAUUACAUGUGUGUCUGAUAUGAGUCAAACAUUUUAGAAACGUAUAUGGGAGCUGUAAAUGUAUUGAAAUUAAACAGACACGGCUUUUCUAUUCUAAUCUAAACCAUUAUGAACGUGAAAAGGUGGAUGUCUAUCAAAUGACUAAAAUGGUCGGAAAGUAGUAGUCAGACUCCGGUUUACCAGAAACAUUUGCUUUGGACUAAUCAUUAGGCCUUCAGAUUUAGUAGAGAAGUGCACAUUUUAGAAUAUGAGAUGAUGUUGCCCUCUGCUGGUUGUAAAAUGUGUUUUUCUCCCUGUUGACAUUGUGACCAUUAAAUCACCUGGGCUCAGUUUUUCAAAAGUUAUCUGUCUGGAUUUCGCCUAUUGGAUAGGAUUAAAUGCAUAGAAAUAGACUGACAGGAACGGGUAUCCCCAUUCAAGUCAACGAUUUGUCCGUUCUAUUCAUUCUAUUUCUAUGCACCUAAUCCUAUCCGAUAGGCCAAAUCCAGAAAACUUUUGAAAAACUGGGCCCUGAGUAUUGCUUCACUGCGUGUAUCUUAAUUGUAUUUUCUUGAUUCUUCAUGUCCUCCCUCCUUGUCUCCUUCUGGUUCCUUCUUUAAUGCGUUUUGAGAAGGAGGCAUAGAGAGAUUAUGUGAGGAAAAAUGUCAUGCAGUAUUGUGUUUUCAGUUAUGUAUGUUCUAUAUAUGAUCAAUUGAACCACCGUAAUACAUUUUGCUUGUGAAUUUGAGCUUUUUGGUGUUCAAGUGUUUUAUUAAAUUAAUAAAUCCAG